AAGUGAGCCAUCCUCUCUCCCUCCAACCUAUGUGCUCGGCCAGACCACCCAAGAAAGAGGAAGAAAAAGCUCUCCAACCUUUCUCCAUUGCUGCAACUCGAGCUCAAGCUAAAGGGGUCCAAAGAAGGAGGUUUGAGAAGGGAAAAGUUAGGGAAAAGCGAGAAGAAUUAAGGAACUUGACUAAAGGAUUUCUAGAGUUCGCCGGAGUUUCGCCGGAGUUCGUCGGAGUUUUGCCGGAGUUUCACCGGAAUUCAACCGAGCAGCGUAGAACGCGCUUAAGCUCAUUUAAGGUUGAAGUUAAGGCUUGUCAUAUACAUCUUUGCACGGGUGAAGAGAAUCCAUAGGAAGACGUGGUUCGUGCUCCCUCUACUAUUUCAAACGAUAAACUAUGCUCAUGAAUACUUUUGUAUUAAUACAUUGUUUUGGCGUGCGAACCUACGUUUUGGCCAUGUGUGGCCCACGAUUGAUUAUUGAAUAUUUACGCUAUUCAAUUUAAUCUAAAC